AUGGCCACACCCGCUCGUUCAGCCAUUCCAGCAAUCGCCACACAAUCAAGAGGUUAUCAUGAAAAAGUGAUUGAUCAUUACGAAAACCCAAGAAAUGUUGGUUCAUUCGACAAAAAGGAUAUCGAUGUUGGUAUUGGUUUGGUCGGUGCACCAGCAUGUGGUGAUGUGAUGAAAUUGAGCAUCAAAGUAAGCGAAAAGGGUAUCAUCGAAGAUGUUCGAUUCAAGACUUUCGGUUGCGGUAGUGCAAUCGCAUCUUCAUCUUACAUGACCGAACGUGUAAAGGGUAUGACAUUGGAAGAAGCAGGAGCAAUCAGAAACACUGAAAUUGCCAAGGAACUCAGUCUACCACCUGUCAAGCUACAUUGCUCCAUGUUGGCAGAAGACGCAAUCAAAUCUGCCAUUCGUGAUUACAAGAAGAAGCGCGAUGAGACCGGAAACACCAAGGCAGGUCACAUUGAUGUAAGUCAAAGUGUUACCACCGGAAAGACUACAGCAACUGCCCACGUUGGAUCAGGCUCAGUGUAA